AACUUCUUGUCAGUGCAGAGCUGCCAGAAUGGCCAUGAGUUCCUCUGACAGGCUCCCUGCAUUCCCGCCCACCCUUGGAUUCUGGCCAAAAAGGUGGGGAAAGCUGCCAAGGCAGAGAGAACACUGAGGCUUGCACAACACAACACACGGCGUCCCACCAGCCAGACAGCUAGGCAGACUGGCACUGAAAUGGCAGCAACAGUGACAGAAUCCGGGGGGGUGAAGGUCAUCACAGAGGUUGUCCCGCAGACUGACCCCAGGGCUGCACAGCUGGACUCAACGGCACCACAGCCCAGCUUGCCCCAGGUCAAAGGCUUCAGGAAGACACAGCCCAAGGCACUGGGGGCCAUACAGAUCAUAUCUGGUUUCAUGCAGAUCUCCUUUGGGAUUGCCUUGACGAUAACUGAAUCCCCAGCCCCAGCUCUCACCGUGGCCAGCGGAGUCUACAUUUGGAUUGGCUUACUGCUCGUGUCCUCGGGAUCCGUGCUGGUGGAGACUGAGAGAAGAGAAAGCAUCUGGCUGGUGAAAGUCUGCUACAUUAUCAGUGGCCUGGUCAUCCUGGCUACCCUGGCGGCCAUGAUCAUUCACAGCGUGGAGAUCAGCCAAGACAUCCCGUGGUGCAGCAUACUUGAGGGCAGCAAAAUGACCCUGCUGAAUUGCUCCCAAUCUGUCUAUAUUCUGAGUCACGGGAUUAAUUCAGUGUUCAUCCUGCUGUGCCUGCUGGAGCUGUGCACGGCCAUCGCCGCCCUGGUGUACGGACACAAGGCCAUGAAACAGCAGGACUACACACAGAUGGUGCUGUGAUGGAACAGAGGCCAGCUCUGCUCCUCCCACCCCCAGGUGCACUGAGAACAUAACAGAGAUUUCCCGCACUGGAGCCACAGCAACAUGGACCCUUGGCCACAUCUUCACUUUCCCAGGCAGGAUGGCAGAGGGAGCAAACUCUGAGCCCCAACAUCUCCUGCAGCCCACCUACCCCCCCCCAACUCUUCUGUGUCUAGGGGAUAGGGGCGAAUGCUGAGCCAGACACCACUAUUCCUGAGCCCCCCCAAAUGAGAGAUGAGAGCAGCUUUAACGCUCAAACUAUCCCGACUUUCCCUGCAAACUCUCCUGUCUGUAACCUACUGCAGCCCAUGACCUCUCUCAGGACCCUACUCACAGAAUCCCAUCAUGGACUCUGAUCCCUGAACUUCCCCCGUCCUUCCUGACACUAGGAGGCAGGAGUUAACUCUGAUUUUCUGCACCCAAAAACCCUCCCCUGACUCCCAAAUGCUCCAGCCUGUAUAGGGAUGGUGAAAAUAAACUAACCCCCACACACCUUCCCUGGCCCCUCAAACUCGCCAGUCAGUAAGGGGGAGGAGAUGGAAUGAGACUGAACCCAGGGCCCCCUCUCCCCUCAAAUCCUCCUAUGAUCCCUGGAUUUCUGCAACCAGAACACAAGAUAGCAAACUCCAAAGCCAUUCCUUCCGUCCUGCUCACGCCUCUCCCCCAAUUCCACAAACCCUCCACUCUGCACAGGCAAACAAGAUGGAUGGGGAAAGCAGUGGGAGUCAACAGGAUUAUGGAGUAGAAGUUGAUCUAACCCUUUUUCUUGGUCUUUGCCCCCAGUUCCCUCACACAACUUAAUUGCACCAAGACAGAGAGUGCAGGUCUGUUUAAUUUUUUUUUAUUUGUGUUGCAGUAAAGGAGUGCAGUAAGCAAUGGGCUGUGGAUAGAAGGUAACAGAUUCUGUAGCCAGAUAUAAACACGUCUAUUACGUGAUGGAACAUACAGGGCAGCGCGUGAUAUAAAAAAAAUCAAACCACUAGAGAUAUGACAUCCUGAUUGUCCCAGAACAGAGCAGUGAUGCCAUGAUCUCCAUGUACAUGCCACAUUCAGCCCUCAUAUAGCUCCUGAUGUCUUGGGCUUCCAAGAACUUGGCCCUUUUGUCUCCUGAAAAUCCUCACUUGUUCUCCCUUCAUGUUGUAUUAUCCAUCCAGACCACAUGUUUUAUGGACGGGCCCUUAGCACUUGACUUCUUUGCUGAUUUCCAGGUCCUUAGAAUGAUUUCUUCAGCCACUGCUGAUGCUCUCAAACAACAUAUUUCUGAGGGGAAGUCAAACCCUUAGCAGCCUUCAGGUCUUGUAGAAUAAAGUACUUAGGACUGCCAGGGUUACUGCUGUAUAGAAUCAAAUUCACUCACCCCCUAACUUCUUUCCAAUCUUCUUUGGCUUUAUGGCAGUGGACAUACAGCUCUUUCAUUCUGAGGAUCAUGUCAUAAAAGAAAGAUCUUCUCACUGAUUCCCCCUUCCCUUCCAGUAUCCCAGUUGUCUUCCAGUACCUCACCUCUCCCAUUGCUUGGAUCUUAAAAUGUCUCAUUUUGUAACCCGCCAGGAAGGAUUCAGUGGGCCACAAUGGGAAAGCCACACCUCUAGGGCUAUAUAAAUAUAUCAGGUUUCCUUGUUCCCUUCACAGCUCCAGCAAGAAUCCACCUCUUGUGUGUAUAGCCAGGUUCAUUCUACUGGAUACCGUGCAAAUGCUAAAGAUGAAUUUUUUUUAUUGCUAUAUUAACCUGAGCUUACAGUAUUAUUAUAACAAAUGUUCCCACAGAAUGUUAUGUCUAUCUACAUCCCUAUCUGUCCAUCCGAAACCAAGUUUACCUCUCGAAUUUGAGAAGUGGUCACUAGAGGUUAGAACCUUACCAGUCUGGAUUCUGAGUGGUACUGACUAGAGCUGGUCAGGAAUUUUUCAGCAAAAAAAAAUAUUUUUUUUUUGUGUGGAAAUGCCAAUUCACUGAAACCAAAACGGUUUGUAGGAAAAGGGUGGUUUUGAGGAACUUCUCGUUCUGAAAAAUUUUGGGACAAAAGAGCUAGAAUUUUAUUUUUGAAACAAAAAAAAUAAUUUUUUUCAAUGCAAAACUAGUUUUUGUUUAGAAAUGUAAGCGAAUGAUAGGGGAAAAAAGUUAAUUUUUUAAGAUAAAUUCUUUUUAAGACAAAAAUCAAAAUUAAAUGUUUUGAUCGAUCCAAACUAAAAAAAAUUCAGAUUUUUCAGUUUGCAAAAUUUUUUGAGAUUUUGACAUUUCAUCCCAAUCUGGGCCAAGAAAAAUUUCAAAAUCUCAAAAAUUUUAUCCAGAUGGGAACUGUUUUCUAUCCAAUUUUACUACUCAGUACUCACAGUUCUAGUUGACUGCACUGGGCAUUGCAGAUAUUCAGCACUGCUUAGGGUCAGCUGUUAGGCAAUGACAGCAGAAAAGUAUUAUAUAGACCCGAUCAGAACACCAGAAUUUGUCCCAUGGAUCUUUCCACAGGAAAAAUUGUGUUUUGAAAUUUUCCCAUUGGAAAAUGUUGGUUUUCUGUGGGGCAUUUCAAAACAAAAUUAGUGUGGUUUUUUUGCUUUAGUUUUGAAAUGCCAUUUUGAAGCAAAACAACAGAGAUUUAUUGUUGCAUUUCAAAAUGUAGGUUUGAAAUUAAAAAUGUCAAUGUAUUUCAAUUUAAACUCUUUCAUUUCAGCUUUUGAAAACUGAAGAAAUUGGGGUGGUUACCACCCACUCCUUUUUUUCACUUUUCCAGUGAAGAAAAAUGGGGAACAAAUUGAGAAAAGUAAAAAUAAAAUGAAACACUUGUUCACACUUUUUUUCAGUUAUAAAAGAAAUUACAAAUUAGAGAAAGUAGGACUUUUAAUGACUUUUUAAAAAACUUUUUUCACAUCUUAUCAGUUCAAAAAAGCUAAAAAGCGUGAAAGAGCUUUUCACUUUUUUAACUCUUCCAAGUUGGAAGAAGUUUAAAAAAGGGGGUGGGGGGGGGGGAUUUCAACAGGGGCUUCCUCCAUUGAAAAAAACAAAGAGGAGAAAGUCACCGAAUGAGGAACUUCCAAAACAUCCCCAAACCCAAAGGAAAACUGAACUUUUUCAGUAUCCAAAACAAAACAACAUUUUAAGUCAAAAAUGAAAGAACAAAUGUUCCUUUAGUUGUGGAAUGUCAACAAAAAGGCUUGUUGCAAAAUAUCACCUCAAAAUACCCUGGACAUUUAUUCCUUAGGAAAAGGCUUGUUUACAUAAGGAAACUGACCAGAAUAACUAUUUCAGAAUAGCUCCCCAUCUGGACAUUCUAUUCCAGAAUAAAAGUCACUUUACUCCAGAAUAUGCUUCCAAAGUUAGUUAACUUAUUCUGGAAUAGAGCGUCCAACUAUUCUGGUCAAUAUGGUGCUAACAAACUGUAACAUGAGAGAGUCAAGAAAGUCAUGACAAUGCAAACUGCUAAACAGUUUUUUUAUACACUUCUCUGGACUAUGUUAUACAGAAGGUCAGACUAGAAUGGUCUAAUGGCACCGUCUGGCCUUAAAAGCUAUGAAUCUCAGUCUCUGGAAAAUGAGGUCCAUGGGACGCUCUGCCUUGUUUAAAAUGGUAAACGGGCCAGCUUCAGGAUUCUGCUUAGAGCUCACACCUUUUCUUAUAUCAAUCACACAGUGAAUGUCUUUUCUGCAUAUACCCAGCACAUGGCAAUAUCAGCAUUAGCGCUGAAGAGAAUAACUGUAUAAUGCUGCUGUUCUGAACACCUGCGUUCUCAUUUCAGUAUAUACCAGCCUCUCCCCAUGCAAUUCCCUUUUCAGAUUAAAAGUGAUAUCAUUCUGUGAAA